AUGAUCGAUCUACUGAUAAGGGAUGACUCUACAGAUAGCUGCCAGGCAUCCAAUGACUACAAUGGGCACAGUGGUCUCCGAAUACUGGCGGUAUUCAUCAUAUUGAUUUCGUCAGGACUGGGAGUGUAUUUCCCAAUCUUGUCAUCGCGAUAUUCGUUCAUAAGACUACCGGACUGUUGUUUCUUCAUAGCGAAAUUCUUCGGCUCUGGUGUCAUUGUGGCCACGGCAUUCAUUCACCUUUUACAACCUGCAGCUGAGGCCCUGGGAAAUGAAUGUCUCGGCGGUACGUUUGCCGAAUAUCCAUGGGCUUUUGGAAUCUGCUUAAUUUCGCUUUUCUUACUCUUUUUCACUGAAAUAAUUACACAUUAUUUUGUAGCAAAGACGCUCGGCCAUGAUCAUGGAGAUCAUGGGGAAGUCACUGCUAUUGAUGUAAGGGUUCCCAGCUCUGAAUAUACCAUCAGAAAUUCGAACUCGGAUACUGCAUCUUUCAACAAUGAAGCGGUUUACUCUAUUCAUAACAACAAAAACUCAUACACAACCAAAAACGAAGAACUUGUCGCUACUUCUGUAAAAGAAAAGGAACCAGAUAUGUUGAAAUAUGAUCUGGAAGUCGGAAAUACAGAGUCGAUUGCGAAUGAAAUAGUUCCAUCGAGCUCGCGUAUGACAAAUUUCGCAUCUGUACCGGGGAAGGAUCACUAUUCUCAUGAAAACGAUCAUCAAGAUGCUUCUCAGUUGGGAACACAAAUCGAGGAGGAGGAUAAGGAGCAAUACAUAAAUCAGAUGCUGGCAGUUUUCAUCCUUGAAUUCGGUAUCAUCUUCCACUCUGUGUUCGUGGGUCUUUCCCUAUCUGUCGCUGGUGAAGAAUUUGAGACUUUAUUUAUUGUUUUAACUUUCCAUCAAAUGUUUGAAGGUUUGGGUCUUGGAACAAGGGUCGCUGAGACAAACUGGCCUGACAGCAAAAGAUAUACACCUUGGCUAAUGGGACUAGCCUUCACUCUGACGUCACCCAUAGCAGUCGCAAUAGGCAUUGGUGUUAGACACUCUUGGAUCCCUGGUUCUAGAAGAGCAUUGAUUGCCAACGGUAUUUUCGAUUCGAUAUCGUCGGGGAUCUUAAUUUAUACUGGGUUGGUCGAACUAAUGGCUCAUGAAUUUCUAUAUUCGAACCAGUUCAAAGGGCCCGAUGGCCUAAAAAAGAUGCUUAGCGCCUAUUUCAUCAUGUGUUGCGGCGCUGCCUUGAUGGCACUAUUAGGGAAGUGGGCAUAA